AUGCGUAUAAACCAAACCGAUAUUUCCAUGUUUUCUCAAUAUAAAAAAGAUUUGUGGUUUAAAACUAACAGAGAUUCUGUCACAUCGGAAGCCUCUGAAGAGCCAGGCGCGUCAUUAUUCUACUCCGUAGCAACAUUACCAACAGAAGCAGAAAUUCACGAGUCAAUAUCCCUUCAAACCUCUCAGGUGCGAGAGUAUAAUCAAUAUGAGGACGAAGACGAACAAGAGAACGGGCCUGAUGCAGCGUUUUUAUCUGUACAAUCUCCUAGGUUCUAUUCCAAUAAGCAGGCUGCGGCAGAGAUUUAUCUAGACAUUCCUUCUAAUCACACAGUUAAAGCUACUAAUAACCCACUUUCGGAGGAACUUCUUCUCACAGAAAAGAUACCGCCAAAUCUACUUUCAUGCGUUUUACACCGAAAAUAUAAAGAUCCAGCAUUUGCGAUCCUUUUUUGUAUAGGACUAAUAAUGAUGUUAGCUAUUGGUAUAUUUCUGAUAUUCACAACCAAUUCAUACAUCUUAAAGGAUUAUUCACAUGGAUCCGUAUUUUUUGUCAUCCAAGAUAGCGUUGGACCACUUUUAUUUGCCUUAUUUUUCUCUCUAAUUAUGGGUGUAAUAUGGAUAUUAUUACUUCGUUCAUUUACCAAGAUCAUAGUUUGGGGAACUUUGACAGCCGUUCCAUUCAUUUGUUUCGCGAUGUUCGUUUGGACUAGAGUUGAAGCAUUUUCGGGAGCUCUUCGAGAUUCAGAGAAGCCUGAUCCGCAGGAUGAUGCACUUGCGUCAUGUAUUUCUAGUUGGACAUAUGAAGAUAUUUGGAAGUUAGAGCCAAAUACAUAUCUACUCAUUUUGUAUUUCAUCUUUAUGUAUUUAUGGACUUCCGCUGUUUUGAGUAAUGUUCAAAAAGUAACUUUAUCUGGAGUUGUAUCAAAUUGGUAUUUUUAUAGGAAUGAUUAUGAUGAUUUAUAUGACUCAGAUCGAAAUAAGGAAGUAACAGAUAGAUCCUUUUUGAACGCAACGACAGUUUCAUUUGGAACAGUUUGUCUUGGAGGGCUUAUUCUUGCAUCUAUUCAAUUAAUUAAAAGUUUUACCGAUUUUUUGAAAAAAAAAUUCAAAAAUAGCUCGGUUCUUUGUUGUCUAUCAUGGGUUCUGACAUUCAUUGAUGGUAUCAUAGACAAUUUGAACAAUUACACUUUAAUUUACGUAGGCAUGUAUGGUAAGAAUUUCUGUUCUUCAGCACAUAAGACAACCAAGUUAUUUCGUGGUAAUCUUGUUUCUGGACUAGUAAGCGACUAUGCAGCCAAAUCGAUUCUAUAUAUCGGAUCUCUAAUCAUUGCACUUAUCUGUGGAUUUGCUACCUUUAUAUAUGCUACACAUACACUUCAAUCACCAUAUGGAUAUGUUGUUGGAAUUAUAGCUUCCAUCGUUCCUUAUUAUAUUUCGCAGUUUUAUACACACAUUAUGAUGAACACAGUCGAUGCAACUUUUGUGUGUUAUACAAUUGAUCUUGAGAACAAUUUAAAAAAUUUGUUACAAAAUGAAGGACGAAUAUGGGACAUAGAGGCGAAAUCCGAGAUUUUUAACCUCAUUCAAAAACUUUUAAAUAACCAUGUAAAAAAUCGCCAGAAGUUGGCGGUUCCACAAGCAAAUCUGGCAACUUAG